AUGGUCCAGAUCCACGGUGCAUUUAUGCGUCGCUCAACACCUCAACCCACUCCCAGUGGGCCGACUAGCUUUGCAACAUCGAGAGAACGAGAGACCCUGAAGUAUCUGCCGCCAUAUUGUUUGCAAGCGCCGUUCAGCCAGCAUUUCUCGAAUGAAACCCGGUACGAUGAACAUGUCGCAUGGCCUUCUCCCGACUCGGCCCUUACAGCCUUCGCUCAGCUGGGCGCAUUGAAAUUUGACGCCCAAUGGGCCAUAAUUUCGCUUUUCGGCCAGAGCCACCAAUAUGUCAUUGCUGAAGCCACGCCAACAUUCGGGCUAUGGAACGAAGGCGACGCACACGACAGGCUAUGGCACGGCGCCUGCACCGUUCCUUAUGAGCGCAGUUUCUGCCAGUAUGCCUUGGAAAUACCUGUUGUUGAUCGGCGACUGGAAGACAGUGUGUUUGUGUCAACGGACCUUACGCAGGACGAUCGCUUCAAAAAUCUUCAAGGUGUACUUGGUGUCCCCCAUGCACGCUCUCUAGUCUGCAUUCCGAUUGUAUCCCCGAAAGGUCUCACCAUCGGGUCUUAUACGAUAAUAGACGAUAAGCCUCGCCCUCCAGUAAGCGAAUCAUUGGUGAAUUUUCUGAAGAACAUGAGCCAGACUGUCAUGGAUCAUUUGAUAAGUUCGCGGACCAACUUCCAACAUCUGCGGGCGGAGCGAAUGAUCGUAGGAAUCGGGAGCUUUCUCGAAGGAAAGGGCAGCCUUCGCAACGCAUGGGUCGAGGCUACUACGGAACAGGAGAAGACCGAAGACGACAACGAAGAAGCAUUUGAAGGACAGAUCAAUCAAACGCAGCAGGCCAAGCAAAUAACGAAUGACACGGCGCAAGCUAUGCGAGAAGGUACAUCGCCCUCCAGCAACCGAUUAGCACCAUCGCACGAUCGCAGUCCACGCCUAAGUGUCGGCCAAUCUCGCCCGCGACAGGGACGAUUAACCAGCGCAAAAGAUGGCCGAGCUGGUCCCACCAAAAGUCAACCUGGAAAUAAAGCGAAAAGUGAGGAUUUGUCAGGCCACAUAUCUGAGGCAUUUUCCCGCGCGGCCAACAUCGCCCGGGAGUCCCUGGAAGUCGAAGGUCUCGUCUACUUUGAUGCUAAUUUCAGAUCCCGCAACGGUCUGGUCGACUAUCAAAAUUAUGAUUCAGAUGACUCUAGUAACCCUCAGAGCUAUGACGAGAAAAAGGUAUCAAAGAUGUCUAGAUGCAAAGAACCUCACCUCCACAAAUCCGAAAUGCAGUCAGAUCCGUGUCAUAUGCUCGGAUUUUCCACCACAAACUCAUCCAGCAUCAAUCACGAAUUUGAAGACGGCAGGAUAAACAAAAUGCCCGAGUCACUCUUGAGGCGUCUUUUGCGCCAUUAUCCCCGAGGCAAGAUCUUCAACUUUUCAGCAGAGGGAUUGGUAUCGGAGGAUGAUUCUACUGACAGCAAAUUCAAGAUUUUCUUUCAGAAAACCUCUGGUGCCCAAUACAGGAGCCAGAAGCCUACGCGCAAGUACAAGAAAACGCGCCCACUGGUCUUACGAGAAGACGCUGCCGCUCUACUCCUGUUGGCCCCUCAUUCGCGCAGCAUUAUCUUUGCACCAUUGUGGGAUCCGCACAAAAAGAGGUGGUAUUCGGGCUGUAUAGCGUGGACCAGAACCCCGCAUCGUGUCUUUACAUCUGAUGACGAACAGAGCUUUUUGUUUGCACUUGGGAACAGUCUGAUGGCUGAUGUCCACCGGUUGAAUGCUGAGUUUGCCGGGCGCGCAGCGUCAGAUUUGCUGUCAAGCCUAAGUCAUGAGUUGAGAUCACCGCUGCACGGGAUAUUCGGCACUGCAGAAAUUUUACGAGACAGAGUUGCUGCUCCCUCCCAGCUGGCAAUGAUUCAUACAAUCGAGUCUUGCACCAACACACUAUUAGAUACUAUUGACCAUCUGCUCGAGUACGCCAGUAUCAACAAGCACUCAAAGUCAACCAAACGUCUAUUGAAGCAAGAAGCGUUGAGUGGCUCGAGAUCUACGGUGAUGCUUGACGAGGUUCUUGAGGAGGUCAUAGAAAGCGUCUUUGCAGGUUUCACUUUUCUCGAAUUUGGAUCUGUUCUUCAAAGAGCAGCCACGCCUGGAGGCAUUGCACCGCGGAGACACGAACAACCAGUAUCUGUCGCGAACAAGAAAGUGAUUCUGGAUAUUCAGCACGGAGUAAAUUGGCACUUCUUGACUCAACCUGGCCGGUGGCGACUUAUCUUGAUGGAUCUUUUCGGAAAUGCUUUGAAGUUCACUCGGAGUGGAUUCAUUCUCAUAACUGUCGUUGCGUCUCCUGUUACUGCCCAACAGGAUUCAUCAGAAUCGGCAACUGAGAGCAAGGUCACAGUCACCGUGAAAGACACAGGGUCCGGUAUCGAUCCUGAAUACUUGCAGUAUGACCUUUUCGAAGCCUUCUCACAAGAAAAUGUCCUCUCCAGCGGAAACGGUCUAGGCCUUCAUGUGACCCAACGAACUGUAUCAGCUCUUGGUGGUGACAUUCAGGUGUUCUCCCAGAUGGGGCUCGGCACGGAGAUUGUCACAAAUGUGACUCUACAGCACUCUCCAGACUUUGCGCCCCCUGAUGCGCUGGAUGCAAAUUCAGUCAUCAAGUCUGCAAGGGAGCUCUCAUCGGGUAAAUCGAUUGGUAUUAUAGGAUCCAGUCCUUCGGGUACGGAUGGUGCUCUGUUUCUAACCUUAGAGAGGCUCUGCCGCGAUUGGUUUGGUAUGACCGUUCGCGAAAUUGACCUAUCCAGGGGCAAUGUUGACCAAUGCGACUUUUAUAUCGCCAUCCAAGAUGAUCUGGAUUUAGAAGUCCUCCAAAACACUAACCCAACUAAAUGCUUGGCCUCCCCUAUCAUUAUUCUUUGUUCGUCUCCACAAACCGUGAACACGUUGUGGUGGAACGCCCAAGAAAAGGAACUUGCAAGCGUGGUCGAGUUUAUCAGUCAGCCAUGUGGGCCUCGAAAGAUGGCCAAGACACUGCAUUCAUGCAUCAAACGCCAGCACACUCGAGGUGGCUCUGCUAAGAUCAGAAAUGCAGCCCAGCCGGCCUACAGUAGCAAUGCACGGCCAAUGUUCAAACAAGCAGAACAAGGCGUGGCAUAUGAGAGUGACAACUCGUUCCCUAUCCGGUCUGAAGCAAAUACACAAAAAGCUUUAGCUCCUUCCAUUCCUCGGAUCCAGGAAAAGCCAUCUGACCAGCAUAUCGAUGACCAACACAAGAACUUGGAUAGGACCGUCCAAGUCCCCGACAAUCCAGCAUCAACUGUUCUCAUCGUGGACGAUAACGACAUCAACGUUCGGAUCCUGGUCGCAUGUGUCAAAAAGCUAGGUUAUAACCAUAUCAUUGCGCAGAAUGGAUUGGAGGCUUUCGAAGCUUUUAAAGAAAAUCCGUCUCAAUUCAGCCUAGUCCUGAUGGAUAUCUCCAUGCCUGUUAUGGACGGUCUCGAUUCAACGCGUCAUAUUCGCAUUCAUGAGAGACGGCUUGGGAAAGCGAAGCCUGUGAUGAUAGUUGCCCUUACUGGCCUUGGUCAAGCAGAAACCGAGCGUGACGCCAUUGGAUCAGGAAUGGAUAUGUUCCUGACGAAGCCUGUGCCUUUGAAGGUUCUGAAGCCGAUUAUUAACAAGAGAAUGUUAACUAUGUGAUGAGUCGAAUUAAACGACAUGCAGAUGUGGUUUCGUCUUACAAAAGCUUUCGCUGGUUGCCCAAGGCAAUUUUCUCGCAGUGACCCUUUUAGGUCACUCAUUGAUAUGUCCAUGUAGCGUGGCCAAUGCAUACAAACACUUUGUUCAUAUCUUUC